UGUGUACCUGUGUGUUAGGGGGUGGGAGAGAACACUGGUAGGCAAUGAUAAAUCAUUGAGCAUAUCUGUUGCUCUCAACAAACCUUCUCAUUGGCAACCUAACACAAUCGUGUCCAAGGGGAACAGACACUCAAAAGCAUUUGCACCGGUGAACUAUAUGUUGUUGUUUUUUAGCACAAAUAUCCUAAACAAAAAUAAGUUCAUCGAAUCAAAUCAAAGAGGAUACAACCUAACGAAGGGAAAUACCCUGUUUCUUUCUCUCUCUUUUUUUAUAGCCUUUUUCUCUCUUUAUUUAUCACCAAAUACUUGAAAAAACCAGAAUGGAUCCAAUUGUGGAGGUCGUCGCCUUGCUGCUUGGGUUUAUAGGAUGGGUGAUGGUGGGGAUAGCUAUACCCAACCGUUACUGGAAGGUUUCCACCGUUGACGGGAACGUCAUCACUACCUCCACCAUCUAUGAGAACCUAUGGAUGUCCUGUGCCACGGACUCUACAGGUGUCCACAACUGUCGAUAUAUCCAGGCGUCUCGAGCACUAAUGAUUGCUGCGAUUAUUUUCGGAUCUAUCGGGCUCCUUGCAACCCUGAUCGGGAUGCAGUGUUCUAAAGCAGCUGGAGAUAACAUGGUUCUAAAGGGUAGAAUAGCUGGUGUUGGAGGUGUCCAUUUCUUGCUUCAGGGCCUGUGUACAAUGAUCUCAGUAUCUUGGUACGCUUUCAACAUCACCCAGGACUUCUUUGAUCCAUUCUAUCCUGGGACAAAGUAUGAGAUUGGAGAGGGCCUCUACAUUGGCUGGUGCUCUGCUAUUCUUGCUAUCGUUGGGGGGUCUUGUUUGACAUGUGCCUGCAAACUGGGCACGUCUGAGAAACAACCUUAUCCCUACCAGCCCAGGGGCACAGUGCACUCUGGCAUUGCACCAUCGCAGAGUCAGGCUGCCACUUCCUAUGGCCGGAACGCCUACGUUUGACCACCUUUAUCCACCAUGUCCAAUGCCUACAAACUAGACUCACUGUUGAUCGCACAGUUGUUGAAGAUGUGUAAACGAUAUCUAUAGUGCUGAGGGAGAUUAAAUGUUAUACUAUGUAGGAUUAUGUAUUUCAUAAUUGGAUCAAUCAUCUCAUAUUGAAGACGUUAUGUCUGUUAGUUUUGUUGUGGUGCACUGUGAAAACAUGUCGCCUGUAAAAUAAUGUACAAUAGCUGAGAUGUCUAAUGACUGAAACAUGAAUUAUAUGUCAAUUUCAAUAAUCUUAUUUUCAUAAUUAUAUGGGCUCAUGUUAGCAUGGCAUUUUGACAAUCAGUUGUCUUCUUUAGAAAAGGGAUGAUUUGAUGAAACGUCUAGAUCUAGGGGAAUGUCCAAACCAGCAGAUUAAGACAGUUGAUUCUCAAGUAUUGAUAUCUAUUUCUGUCAUCGAGGUGUUUUGUAUUGUUUGUACAGUUUUAUAAUGUCUGAGAUGGGAGUCGCGGUCCUAUGCCAUUAUGAAUGUUUGUUUUUGUUUUUUGUUUUUCACCCAAUAAAAGUAUUACUUAAAUACUAAAA